GCGUAAAAGACUUGAGUUACUUGAAUUGGUGUAACUGUUUUGGCCAAAGAUCAAAUACACGUGACGAUAAAAUUUUAACAAUUACUUCGAUAUCGUGACUUUGUUCACAUGGAAAUUAAAAAUAAAAAAUUACUUCGAUAAUUAUAAUACAAAUAUGAAUACCAAGAAUAUAGUUACACCCGGUCAAAGAUUAGGUUUUGCUCAAGAUUAUGUUGCUGGUCCUGGCACUUAUGUUCGUGGCAACCUGUUAUAUGCAAGUGUGGUUGGCAUGAAACGGGUGUCUAAACAAACAGCAGAAGGAGAAACACUUGUAUUGACCGUAUCAAGGGAAAAACAACAGUCAGCCAUACCGGAAGUUUGUAGCCUCGUAAGUAAAGUAAUUCGUAUAACACCUAAAGAAGCCGUUGUGUCCAUAAUGGUCGUAGAUAAUUCGCCCUGUAAAGAAGAUUUUCAAGGAAUAAUACGUCAACAAGACGUACGCGCAACAGAGAGAGAUAAGGUCAAGAUUCAUGAAUCCUUUAGACCCGGAGAUAUAAUCAGAGCAGAAGUGAUUUCUUUAGGAGAUGCUCGAUCUUAUUACUUAUCAACAGCCAAGAACGAACUUGGCGUAAUUUAUGCACAAAGUAUAGAGGGUGCUGCUAUGAUACCAAUAUCAUGGCAAGAAAUGCAAUGUACAAAGACAAAAGCAAUUGAACUUCGAAAAUGCGCGAAACCAUUUUAAUGAAUUUAAUGAGUUCAACCAGAUAUCCCAAAUAACUGAUCUUUCUUAUAUUCCGUAUAUGCAGGUCUUGCGAGUGAAUUAUUCGCCACUUGUAUAUCUAUAUUAAUGUCAUUAAUCAGAGCAUCUAGUUUAAAAGAAUCAGAGGUUAAUUAAUGGAUUUAUUUUAUUAAAAAGGAAAAAUGAAUAAAUAAUAAUUCAUACCAAGUGAACUAUAAUCUUUUUCUGGGCGAAUAUAACCUAAUACGACUACACGUAAUUCCACUCCAUAAAAGUCUUCAGGGAAUGUAUGCAUU